ACUAUCGUCACUUUGUUGAACUGAAACUGAAGUAGAGAGACGUACAGUAUAUUGUUUACGGGACCAAACUCUCCAGCACUUCAGAAAUCUACAUGUUCAGGUUAUACGCUUACUCUCCUACCCUUUGACACCAAGGACAGAGAAAUUAUCCACAAACAUACUGUACAGAUAUGGCCACCUCCAGCAGUCUCCUGUCUGAAGAGCAGUUCCUGUGUUCUAUCUGUCUGGAUGUGUUCACUGAGCCAGUCUCUAUUCCAUGUGGACACAACUUCUGCAAGGCCUGUAUCACAAAGUACUGGGAUACCAGUGACCUGUGCCAGUGUCCCAUGUGUAAAAAUACAUUUGAUAAGAGACCAGAUCUGUUCGUCAAUACGUUCAUUUCUGAGAUGGCUGCUCAGUUCAGACAGACAGUUGAAGUGAAAACUACCAGCAGCCCCGACCAAUGCUCUGCCAUGAUAGUAGAAGUGUCCUGUGACAUCUGCACUGGGAUGAAGGUCAAGGCCCUGAAGUCCUGUCUGGUGUGUCAGACCUCUUACUGUGAGACUCAUCUGGAGCCUCAUCAGAGAGUCGCAGCCUUAAAGAGACACAAGCUGAUCAACCCUGUGGAGAACCUGGAAGACAGGAUGUGUAAGAAACAUGAGAGACCUCUAGAGCUGUUCUGUAGGAGUGACCAGACAUGUCUUUGUGUCUUGUGCUUGAAAGCAGACCACAUGACUCAUGACACUGUCCUUCUAGAGGAAGAGUAUGGAGAGAGGAAGGCUCAGUUGGGGAAGACUGAGGCAGAAGUGCAGCAGAUGAUCCAGGAGAGACUGAAGAAGGUUCAGGAGAUCAAACACUCAGUAGAUCUCAGCAAGAGAGAGGCAGAGAGAGAGAUAUCAGACAGUGUACAGGUCUUCACUGCUCUGGUUCGCUCCAUUGAGAGAAGUCAGGCUGAGCUCAUUGAGGUGAUUGAGGAGAAGCUGAAAGCAACAGAGAGGCAGGCUGAAGGGCUCAUUAAAGAGCUGGAGCAGGAAAUCACUGAGCUUCAGAGGAGAAGCACUGAGGUGGAGCAGCUCUCACACACUGAGAACCACCUCCACCUCCUCCUCCUCCAGAGCUUCCCAUUCCUCUGCACCCCUCCACCCACCAAGGACUGGUCUGAGAUCAGUGUUCACAGUGAUCUGUGUGUGGGCACUGUGAAGAGAGCUGUAUCUCAACUGGAGGAGACACUGAAUAAACAGAUGGAGAAGCUGCCUGAAGUCAAGCUGAAGAGGAUUCAGCAGUAUGCAGUGGAUGUGACUCUUGACCCUGAUACAGCACAUCCCAAACUCAUCCUUUCUGAAGAUGGGAAACAGGUGAGAUAUGGAGGCAAACAACUUAAUAAACCUUAUAAUCCAAAGAGGUUUGACAGAGCUUUAAAUGUCCUAGGAAAGGAGGGUUUCUCCUCUGGGAGAUUUUACUAUGAGGUGAAUGUUCAGGUGAAAACUACAUGGACUUUAGGAGUGGCCAGAGAGUCCAUCAACAGGAAGGGGAAGAUCACAAAGAGACCAUUUAAUGGAUUCUGGGCUGUGGUCCUGAGGGAUGAGUGUAAGUACUCCGCCUGUACAUCCCCCCGUGUCCCCUUAUACCUGAGAAAAAAGCCCCAGAAGGUGGGGGUGUUUGUGGAUUAUGAGGAGGGUCAGGUCUCCUUUUAUGAUGUGGAGGCCAGGUCUCUUAUCUACUCUUUCACUGGCUGCACCUUCACUGAGAAACUCUAUCCAUUCCUUGGCCCUUGCAAUGAUAAAGGUGAAUACUCUGUCCCUCUGAUCAUCUCUCCUGUCAAUCACACAGACUGAGUUCUAAACUGAACUAAAUGACCAGUACAUUUAGUAAAUGUAGAGUAAUCAUAGUCAUAGUCAUAGUCUUGUCAUACACCAGGGAGAAUAUUUCACUGUAAUGUAAUUACUGGUUGUGGUUGUUUGGGUCCAUCAGCCUUGUUAGAUAUAAGAACAUCUCUCCAGGCUCAUAAGGUAUGAUUCAUAUCUGGGAGUUACAGUACAUUUCGGAGGAUUAUCCUGAGAUAAUAUAAGCAAUAUGUUUGUUUUCUAAGCUCAUUUAUUGUUUGCACUGUAUAUCUCUAAUAAACUUGAAUCCUGCAUUUGGAAUCAUA